GCUCCUUCAGUCGGAAGAGCGACCGUGGAUCCGGUUAUCGACAUCACUGCUGACUCUGUUGUGCCUGUAGUGGUCGAUAUCUCUGGUUCUUUUCAGCUGCAGAUGCCAGUUCCAGUUCCAGUUCACUCAAAGCAGCCUGCGCAUCCCGUUAUCAAGAAGUAUCACAUCGACGACGGCCAUUCCAAUCCCUUUUUCACUCUAACUUGCUCUCUCCCCGUGGCCCCCACGGGCCCACCUCCCUCCUUUGGCACCCGCGAGCAGUGGAUCAACUCGCUGCCAUCGUGGAGGAGGACAAAGCCUCGCAGGAUUUGGGAGGAGGACUCUCGUCUUGUAGGCCGUUGUGCAGAGCAGGAUUUUUCUCAAGGGUUAGCUGUCGCGGCCAACGCGUCUGUUAUUAAAGGAGCGCACGCUGAAGCGUGCAUUCCGCCCCUGUUCAAUUUUAUUCAGUCUCCAGCCCUACACACUUCUUCCACCGACGGUGACGCCGACGACGAAAUGAGCUCAGAGGGUUCUACCGUCAGCCAAUGCCAUUCUGGCAGCCAGUGGGGUGACGGCUCGCCUUCUGCACGUAGCAAGAUGAAUGACCCCCCGGCUUCGUAUGAGAGAGGCGCAUUUUCACCCAUCUUCGAGGAACCGUCUCCCGAAGAUAAUAGCGGCUCAAGUCCUAUUGGGCCUGCUACUCCAUUUGCAGACUUCGUCGACCGCGCUGUCGCAGCAGAUGGUUACGACGGUGAAUAUGGUGUUCCUGCCAUUUCCACCGACGACAUACCCUACGGCAUCAACAAGUGCGAUUAUGAUUAUUAUCAGCCGCUGCCGUCCGUCGUUGAAGAACCUAAAGAGCCAGUCCUAGCUCCCGAGGUCGUAACUCCAUCAGCAUCUGUUGGAUACAAAAAGCUGGCCGAGCCUUUAUCCGAAUGGAUUGCAAAUUAUGUCUGGAAGACUUGUACUACUGAGAGCGCCUUCCCUUUCCGUGGAACACCACCUACAUUUUCGAGGCAGUAUUCAAGGGCACCUCCUGAAUAUCUUGCUUCGCUUAUUCAUUCUUUGCUGUUGUCCACUCUUCUGCAGCCUUCCGCUAUCUUCCUAGCUCUCUGGUACAUCGUUCGCCUACCGGUCUCUUUCGGAACGAUUCUUAUCAGCAAUGAAGAUGUCAAAGAGCUUCGAUUUAGAGCGGCUCUUCUCGGCACAGAUCACGGGCAUAAUCAAGAGAUGAUGGAAGCUAGUGCGCCCUUCCGUCUUGCGGUUUUGGGGUGCAUGCUCGCCAAUAAAUGGCUUGAUGAUCACACCUUUUCGAACAAGACUUGGCAUACAAUUUCCAAUGUACCCAUCCAUGCGCUGAAUCAUCUUGAGUUCCUUGCCUUAGACAUCUUUGGAUACGACUUAUCGAUUACCAAUGAACAUUGGUCACAAUGGCUUUCGCAUGUGAUGUCGUACCAUUUGUCAUUAUCGUCAUCUCAUCCUCAGCCCAUAUCCCGUCCUUCGGCCAAUCCACAUUCCAUUAUUCGCAAGGCCAUCGAUGGGAUCAUCCAGGCACCGGCUGUCUGCAACUUCGAUCCCUCCCAUCCUCAGCCUGUAUUCAUGGGACUGGAGGAACGUCGGAGAGAAAAACUAGAGAGGGAGCAUGCCAUGGCAGUCGAGCUCGCCGAGUUCGACAUCGAUGAAGGUGGUCCUCUCCGUGAGGAAUAUAUACCCAAACGACGAAUCAGCGGAGCUAGUUCUACCUAUAGCACUGGCUCCAGGGAGAAUGAUUCUCACGUUUCAUCCGGCUGGGAUAGGCGUAAUGUUCAAUCUGUCAAAGGACUGCCUCCUCCUGCCAAAUGGAGUCCUGCGGCAGACGAGCCCAUCUUGAGGGACAGGAACCGCGGUGGUGCGCAGUAUAUCGCAGUGCAACCGCCUCGGUUGAAUGCCGUUCCCUAUCAUUUGAUACCCGCGUACCCCCAGUGCCACGAAGUGGGAUACCAGGGACAUCAUUGGCCUAUGGGCGGUGCCUAUGUACAGCCCCCUCCGAUGCCUCUGGCCUACGCCUAUGACAUGGCAACUCUUCGCCCUACCGCCGUUCCUGUUUAUAGCCACCAGCAGCUUGUUCUGCCAAUUCCAAUAUCGCAUUCUCGUUCGCAUUCGCAACCAUAUCAAGACAUUACAGAUAGUCAUAAUCAUCUGCGCUCAUCCUCUCAAUCUCAGUUCCAAUACCGCUGUAGUGACAUCCGUAUGACUGCAAACGAAGGUUCAUCUCCUCCCGUGGUGGAUGGACAAUGGGGUAUGCAUGAUCAGGCGCAUCCCGCAUCUACGUUUGCUCCUCAUAACAGUGUCAGUUACCAAUCUGUGUGGCUCAGGACUUGAGCACGUCGCCCUCGUUUUCUCGGUUUUCAGG